UACUAAGCAACACAACGUACUACUGUACCGGUAGUUCCGAUUUAGUCCUGUCUACUACACUUUCUACCUCAGGAUUUGACGGCAGGGACACCAGUGUCCAUCCAGGAUCCAUCUAGCAUGGGGCUUCUUUCUAGAAUUGCUGUGCUGUACGUACCAGCGCGCCGGUGGGCAGCAGGAGGGGUGUGCGAGAGUCAGGCCAGGCUGGACGGCAAGACGGUCAUCAUCACGGGAGCGAACACGGGCAUCGGCAAGGUCACGGCCAGGGACAUGGCGGAGAGAGGUGCGCGUGUGAUUCUGGCCUGCAGAAGUCUGGAGAAAGCCGAGGAGGCCGCUAAAGAAAUCCGCAGCCAGACGGGAAACAAGAACGUCGCUGUGCACAAACUUGACCUUGCCUCUCUGGCGUCAGUCAGACAGUUUGCGAAGGUCAUCAACGACGCUGAGCCACGAUUGGACGUCCUCAUCAACAAUGCAGGUGUGAUGGGUUGUCCGCGGUGGGAGACGGAGGACGGGUUUGAGAUGCAGCUCGGAGUGAACCACCUGGGCCACUUCCUCCUCACCAACCUCCUCCUGGACAAGCUCAAACAGUCCGCGCCCAGCCGGGUCGUCACUGUCUCAUCUCUCGCGCACGCCUUCACGAACGGUAUGAACUUCGACGACAUCAACUACGAAAAGGACUACAAUCCAGAGGAAUCCUACCGCAGAAGCAAGCUGGCUAAUGUGCUGUUUUCUAGGGAGCUUGCCAGGAGGCUAGAAGGGACUGGAGUCACCUCCAACUCCCUCCACCCGGGAGUCAUCUACACAGAGCUGGUCCAGCAUCGAGAGGAGCGCAUACGUGGGGCCGUCGGUGAACAGCUGUCCAAGGUGGCCAGUAAGAUCAUGUCAGGCUUUGUUGGUGUGUUUGGAAAGACGUUGGAGGAAGGUGCCCAGACCACCAUCUGUUGUGCAGUAGCCGAGGAAUGGGAGAACACAACUGGGCUAUACUUCAGUGACUGCGUGCCUAAGGAGACGUCAGCAGCAGGCAAGGACGACGAGGCAGCCGCCAGACUCUGGGACGUCAGCGAGAGGAUGGUCGGACUCAAGGCAUGAUGUCACACAGGGUCAUGCCUGUAGCCAGGGG